UCGAGAAGAACACUGGCUGGACGUUCUGCGGGGAUGCGAGCGGCGGCCUGCGAAAGGGAGGGAUCAUGAGAAUCGGCAGCCAGAGAUUCUGAGCGGAGAUUAGAGUAGGAUUUUGCAGGAGAUGAUCGGAGGGUGGUUCCAGAGUUGACGUCAUUGAGAGAAUCAUCGACUUUCAGGAGGUGAAGAAUAUCUGGUGCCGGCUUCGUCGAGAUCGGUGCAGUAUUAUAGGCUCAUCUAGCGCUUCCGCUCUGGCGUGCAAGAUGAAUUUCUAGCAGAGCCUGAAGCCCAUACUCCUCGAACGUCUUCGUCUACUUUCUAAAGACAUGGAUGUCGACUGCAACACAGAGAGAGCCGAGUUGUCCGGACCACCUCACUCCCGAAAUCCGAAAUUUUCAGAACUCUCAGGCAUGCCUGUGCUCGGCUUUUCUGCUCAGCUCUCCUGCUCAAGACAGGAAGAGAAUUGUCAGUGAUAUGCGACUGAGGUCGGGCUUUGAACAUCAGACAAAUGCAGAAUAAAGACUCCGGGAGGCUGGUGAUUGUGUGAAACUUCUAGUCUCUGGUUAUCGGUGGUGGGUGGUUGGUGAAGAAUUCGGUCCUCGAAGGCCAGAAAUAGCAUCAAUUGGCUGACAAGAAUUGACUUGGAAUUGAUACUGUCAGUUUGUCAAUCGGACCUCGGGCGAAAGGGCUGCAUUCGAGGUUGGGGAGCGAGGCGCCGUCCGGAUGAAGGAGGCAUUCUUUCGUCCAGCAGGAGGCAAACUUCCCGGAGUCCAGGAAGAUGUUCACGGCAUCGAAAUGCCGUCUAGGGAAAUUUUCUGGUUUGGAUCGACGUGCAGCUCGGAAUUCAGAUUAGAGGAAGCGACGGAGCCUGCCGUGAAGCAAAGGCCGAUGGACGAAUCGAGCAGAUGGUUUUGUCUAAGACGUUGGUGGUCACCUACAGUCGAAUUCGGGCCCCGGAGGCCCUCAUGGUUGAAGGUGAUUAUCAGUCCUCGAUCCAAAGAAUACCAGCUGUGGAAUAGAGUGUUCAUCGUCACGUGCCUGGUGGCGAUUUUCCUCGACCCACUCUUCUUCUACGUGCCCGUGGUGCAAAUGAACGACCUCUGCUUCGACCUCGACCGGAACCUGGCCAUCGCUGUGACGGUCCUCCGAACGCUGAUCGACUUCGUCUACGUGAUCCACAUGUGGCUGGAAUUCCGGACCGCCUUCGUAGCGCCGUCUUCCAGAGUGUUCGGCAUCGGAGAGCUGGUGGAAGACACGAACGAGAUCGCGCGCAGGUACCUAAAGUCGGCAUUCUGGGUGGACUUGGUGGUGAUUCUUCCUCUUCCCCAGGUGGUGAUGUGGUUGUUCUUCCCGUUUCUGAGAACGAGCCGAAUUGCCAACACCAAGAUAGCCGUGAUCCUUUUGGUGAUCUUCCACUACGUCCCCAGGCUGAUUCGCAUGUUCUUCAUCGUGAAGAAUUCCGAGAUGGUGAGGUCCAAGGACACUGGAGUGUUCAUGGAAACGGUGUGGGCAGGCGCAGCUUACAACCUCCUGCUGUACUUGCUGGCCAGCCAUGUCAUUGGAGCUUGCUGGUACCUUCUGACAGUAGAGCGACAGGAUACGUGCUGGAGGAGCUUCUGCGAGCAUGAAGACUUCUGCAACAAGAGGUUUUUCAACUGCCGGAGCCAGCUCAAUGAUGAGCUCAAGGGCCCGAGAGCAGAUUGGCUGUCCAGGACGGAAAUCCCGUUCAAGUGCGUGGCCAACUCGGGCGAGCCGACUAGCAUGCCUUUCAACUUCGGCCUCUACUCCUUGGCUAUGGAGAAUAAUAUCACUUCCGGACUCAAUUUCGUUCCCAAAUACUUUUACUGCCUGUGGUUCGGGCUCAAUGGUCUGAGCUCGCUGGGCCAGGGAUUCAAGGUCAGCACUUACACCUGGGAGGUAUUGUUCGCCAUCAUCAUCUUCAUCUCCGGCCUGCUCCUCUUCGCUUUGCUCAUAGGCAAUGUGCAGAAGUACAUAUUGUCAGCUGGCAUCCGGGUCGACGAGAUGAGAGUGAAGCGUAGAGAUACGGAAGAAUGGAUGAACCAUCGGCGGCUGCCGGGAGAACUCAGAAAUCGAGUCAGGCGGUACGAGCAGUACAAAUGGUUGGAAACCCAGGGCGUGGAUGAGCAAGCGCUUCUGCGGAGCUUGCCGAACGAUCUUCGUAGAGACAUCAAGCGCCAUCUGUGCUUGGGGCUCUUGAAGCGAGUGGAGCUGUUCAAUCAGAUGGACGAGCGGCUGCUCGAUGCGAUCUGCGAGGUCCUGCAACCGGCGCUGCACACCGAGGGCUCGUACCUCGUGCAGGAAGGCGAUCCGGUCGUGGAAAUGACGUUCAUAAUUCGGGGGCACCUCGACAGCAUGACGACCAACGGAGGCCGGACAGGAUUUCUGAGCCGCUACUCGCUCGGGCCCGGGGAUUUCUGCGGGGAGCAGCUGCUCACUUGGGCUUUGGAAUCGCAGCACGAGAAGACCUUGCCUUCUUCGACCCGGACUAUCAUGGCUCUGGGAGUGGUGGAGGCCUUCUCUCUCUCGGCCAAGGACCUCAGAUUCGUGGCCGGACAGUUCAGAAUGCUGCAUAGCAAGAAAUUGCAGCACACUUUCAAGUACCUCUCGCAUCAAUGGCGAACAUGGGCAGCCACUUUCAUCCAAAUCUCCUGGCGCCGUUACAGGCUAAGAAAGCUGGGUUCGCGGAUGGAGCAAGACGCGGAGCAAAUUCUGCGGGCCUACGACAAUGCAUACAUGCAAGCAAAUGAAAUCAUGCCGAUCUCGGCGAUCAGACAUUCGAACAUCAGCCUCUCAUCGUCCAAUCUUUCAAAGCCCCUCGAACCUGAUUUCUUUCGAGAUGACAGCCACCUGUAGCGAGCGGAUCGUGGCUCUUUCUACGUUCACAUUUCCUCGUGCUCAGACACAUAUUUUACGAAAAUUUUUUCCGGUGAGUCUCAAAAUUCGAGAGCAUAGAGCUUCCACGAAAGCUUCAAUUGUAAUGCAGUUAGGUAGAGUGCAUUCGACUGCCGAUUAGUGCCAAUUGUUGAGGAUUCUCGACUGUGAUGCGAUAUAAUCGUAGGAUGAGGUGCAAGUCAAAACCUGAGAGCGUGUUGAUGUUCAAUUCAAAUCCUGAGGGGCCUGAGGAGUACUUUUGUACAAUUGGUCGGCUGUCGAAUCAAACAGUUUGUGCGCCACUCAUUCGCGACGACUUUAGGGUCGAGGCAAGCUACGGCCAUGCGUUUAUUUCUCUUUACGGCUUCCAGAACACCUGGUCAAUGAGGAAGGACUUUUGGGAAAAAAAUUAAUUCAGCUAGAGGAUCGAUUAGCCUUUAGGAAACUUGCAGGGCCCUGCAUUUGGGCCCUUUGAUCAUUCAACUACAGUAUUUCAGUGCUUCCUCUCGUAUCGUCACGUGAAAUGACGGCCGUAUCCAUAAACUAUUCUCACAGCUUUCAAGUCUUCUUGAGUUUUAAUUGGAUCCUUUAAGUUGGGCAGCUAUGCUGUCGUAAGACUUGUCGAGCUGUUACUAAGAUCUUUUAUUUGGUUUCCAUCCACCCAAACGUACCCAUGUGCAAUCAGGGCAGGAAAAUUCCAGGAAAGACAUAUUCACCGAUGUUUCAUGAAUUUUGAUCGAUACCCGUAUAAGAUUACACAUUUAAAGCAUUUGACAUUUCAGAAUUUACACAUCAUAAUACCAUCGGCCCCGGGUAGUUGAAAAAAAAAAUGGCUCAUACCAAGCGCCCAUCAGACUAUUCACAAGAAGUUCAUUAAUGACUGAAAUCAAAUCUCUUCAUUCCUGAAACCUGGUAAUCUCUAAGUCAACACCAGUGAUAAUCCCGAAGUAAAUUCAUUUUAUAUCGAUUGUACGUUGUAUCAUCUGCUUGGCGAGGGAUGUAAUCUAGCGCGUGCAAAAACCUCCGAGUCAUACAACGUCAUCGUUUCGAUCUCAUCCCAACCAGCGCCAAAAAUAGGUUUUGAUAUGUCUGCUCGAGUCGACUUUUCAGAGCUUGCUUUGUUUUGAUCACCCCUUCAUGUCGUUGCCCACGUGGUCCGAUUGCCGAUCAAGGGAGGGGUCCUUCAGGCUAGACGCGGAUCGUCGAUCCAAAGUUUUUUCGAGCUGUGUCUUUGCUUGAGUUUUCGGC